UUGCGCGCCCUCUGCACUUCCUCUCUAGCCGCCCGCGCUCUAUGCUCGGCGGCCGCGGGCCUCCAGCGCCUGCCGGCCAGCCCCGAGGGGUGCGCUGAGGGAGGCGGGGCGGAAAGGCGAGCGGUGUCUGCUGGCCGCUGAGCCGUGGGAGACCCGAGCGGCGUCCGUGACAGCUCGGCGGCCGCCAUGUCUACGAAGGGGGCUGGAGACAGAGCCUGGGGCCGGCUGUAAGCCCUCGGAACCGCCUCGGAUUCUCAGUUUCAGUGAAACAACCAAGGGAUUCAGAAGAAAGCCAAAGAUCGUUGAGACUCCACAGAGGAUAGAAAAUGAAGUAGCCUCUUCUCCUUCAGUCACUGCAGAUAUGGAAGGGCUUUAAGAAGACCUCAAACGGUUCAACAAAGGAUGCUCUAAUGGAUGACAGUGAUACCCCUACAUAUAAUCUGCAGAGAGAACCACAAGAUGGGUGUCAGCCUGGUGACAGCGUGGAAAGGAAAGUAACCCACUUGCCUCCCGUGUCAGAUGAAAAUGAAAACCAGCUUGAUGGAAGUGGGCCUGAGCCCCUGACCAGCCACGACAGCACAAUGGGAAAACCUAAAGUGAUUGGGCAGGACAGUCUCAACAAUAAUGAAAACUAUGCUUCCAGCUGUGAGGCAGUUGCCAGUGAGAACUUGGAAAAUACUGCUUGUGAAAGCUCCAGAGAUGGACACACCCUUGGAAAGGACCAAAGAACACCUGGAAAAAGGAUUUCAAGAAGUAAAAAAGGUACUAGCAAGAAGACGCUGUCAGGGCUUUCAUCAGAAGAUGCUACACCUUUAAUGCAAGAAAAGAUACAAAGUGUAAGCACUCGUGCUAUUGAUGAUGAAGAGGUUGCUGAAGUAAAUGCAAAUGAUCAACCCGAAUCUCCAACACAAGUUCUGCAAGCUUUGUUCUCACUUAUACGAGGUGAAGUUGAACAGUUGGACUCAAGAGCACUUCCUCUUUGUCUUCAUCAGAUAGCGGAGUCCUACUUUCAGGAGGAGGACUAUGAGAAAGCCAUGAAAUUCAUUCAACUUGAACGAUUGUAUCAUGAGCAGUUGCUUGCAAAUCUUUCUGCUAUUCAAGAACAGUGGGAAACAAAAUGGAAAACCGUACAACCACAUACAAUCACAUCUCUAAGGAAUUCAGAGAAGGGAUUUAAUGGUGAAGAUUUUGAACGGCUUACUAAGUUUUGCACAACACAUCAAGAUCCUCUUUUAUCCAAACAUAAGAUAGCAGCUGUGGAAAGAUCCUUGCAAAAAAGAUGCUUUCCUCAGUUAAUAGCCUCCAAAGAUCCGAAGGAGAGAGGAGCUGCAGCCCAAGACUCAGAGAGUGAGGCUGUGGAACCUGGUACAGAGAGCCAGCAGCAGGAAGAUCCCCCAGAGAGCAGUCGCUGUGGUGAUCCCCUGGCCGAGCAGGUUGUCGCCGCAGCGAAGGACCACGGGGAGGAGCUGCUUGGCAGCGCAGGAGCCAAGCUGGAGCUCCACGCCCAGUCUGCGGAGACAGCCAGAAGCAGGUCUGGGCCAGAUGCUGCCGAGAAUGCCUGUGUGGAUAACAGCCAUCUGCAGCUGGCUCAGGCCGACCACUGCCCAGAUGUGGCCACAGCAGGGGGUGUUUCUGAAGACCCUAAGGUUUCACCUCCCGGAGAGCCAGCCACAGAGCCGCUCAUGGUACCAGGCUGUGACUCUGUCCCUGCUGCCUUGACUUCUGAGGGUAAAUAUUCGCAGACUAGGAGAAAAGAACUCCGUCUACCACUUCAGAGUGUGUUGCCCACAGGCCAACCUGAGAACAAUGAAUUAAAUGAACUGCAGCAACCUGAUCUCACUGACAGUGAUGGGAAGUCGCUGCUGGGUCACGGUGACUUGCAGGGCUCCGGGAAUGCACUUUGUGAAAAGAAUGGCUUAUCCGACUUAAGUACACCACUGCUGCCUGGGGCGCGCAUGGCCUCAGAGGAAAAGGGAGAGCAGGAAGACCGAGUCGCUAAGGAAACCGAAGACUAUUUGAACAGCCUUCUGGAAGGGUGCUUACCAGACCCUGAGGAGGAUUCCCUUUUGUAUGAAGACAGCCAGGAGGAGGACUCAGAGCUGCUUCCGGACCUUUCUCCUGAGGAGGACUCCUACAGUCUCCAGGAGAAUCUGCCCGAUGACAACUGUCUUUCUCUUGAUGAUCUUGCCAAGAGGAUAGAAAUUGCCGAGGUUGUUCCUGCUGAAGGACUGGUCUCUAUCUUAAAGAAGAGGAAUGAUACUGUAGGAGAUCAUUCUGCCCAGAUGCAACAGAAACAGUCCAAGCGAAAAGUAAGAUUUCAAGAAAUAGACGACAGCUUGGAUCCAGAUGAAGUUGGAAAUGGCUCCUGUAUUUUACUCAUCUUGCUGUGCAUAGCAACGGUUUUCCUGAGUGUUGGAGGGACUGCAUUGUAUUGCACUUUUGGUGACAUGGAGUCACCUGUUUGUAGAGACUUUGCAGACAACGUGGACUUCUACUACACCAAGUUACUGCAGGGAAUGGCAGAACUUAAACACUGGAUCUACCUCUCCUAGCAACGUUCAAGAGGAACAAGCAUGCUGGCAGUGAGAAUGAAAGAUGUGAACCUCUCUAAAUCUCUUUAUUUCAGGAGUUCUGUAGCCUCCUCCCCCAAACCCCAGGGAGGAACCAAGGGCAUCAGAAACAGCGACUCUGAAUGGCCAUCCAGAUGAGCCGCGCUAGAAUAGAAUCAUCCCUGUAAUGAGGCAGGGGGGAAUCUAAGCCCUGCGGAUAGAAGGGAAGAUCCCUGGGACACUUGCCCCUCCUGUUCCUCUCCGCCCCUCAGGUAGUGACGUACACUGAGCAGAGCUGACUGGGGCAGCCCUGGAACCACACUGUUUUUAGCUUUCGUGUGAAGCUCAUGGUUAAAGGAUACUUUUGGUUUACGUAUGUUGGUCCAUAGCCAUUGCUUCCAGGCAUCAUGCAAUAUGUUCCCCCCCUCUUUUUUUUUAAGUUAACCUUGGGAGCCAUGUAAUACAGGCUUUUUUUGGCCAUUAUUUUCAGAUCCUGUUUUUCUAGUUUGUGAAACUGUUAAGUGUGUGUUUUUCAGGCAGUUAUCAUAAGCAGAUAACAAACGCAGAGCAACAAAUUAUUCUUUUUUUCUUGACUGUGAUGUGCAGGCACAAAUCUGUGAAGAAGGCUUAACCAUGGACUAGAUGAACUGUAAAAAUCUUGGCCCUGAAUUGAGCAACUGUGAAAGAUAUAUGGCAGUUAUCAUGAUCAACUAUAUAGAAAUUAAUCACAGGCAAAAAAGGCAACAUUGAAGAGCUCCCCCGGAGUGUCAGUGCUUGGUAAUGAACUCAGUACCUCCUUAAAUAAUGUGUGCUGGACUGGACUCAGCAAACACUCCCUGGGCACCUGUUACACUCUGAGAAUCUCUAAGACCCAGAAUACAAAGAAGAUGUAAUUCCUGCUAUAGAUGUUUUAAUUCUGGUCAUAUGUAAAAUAAAUCAGUAGUUUGGCAAGUGAAAUCAAUUCACCAUAUGUAAAUCAGUAUUAGCAGAUCACGCAUUCAAGUGUUGCAACGUACCUUCAAUAUCACAGGCUUGAUUUUAGACUUUGUCAUGUGGUCAUUUGAUGAAAAUUCAGUCAUAACCGGAAAUAGGCAAGUAUCAUUUUUCUGUAGAUGUGUCAGUUCGGUGGCCUUUCCUUAUUUCACAUACAGUGGUCUCCCAUUGAAGAAGCCUGGCUUUGACUUUUUAUAUCCUAGGCAGCAUUUUAAAACAAACAUGAAUUAUAGUUUUUUAGCCAAGUGAUCAUUAUUUCCUGUUUUUCUUUUAGGAUUAUUGUAAAGAAAAAGGGAAGAAAUUACUUUCUAGUUGUUACUGGCUGGUACAGUACCUCCCUUGGUGAUUUUGCUUAUUUAUUUAGACUGUAUAAAUUCUAGAAGGGCUUUUCCUGUGCGUGGGGAGCAUGCUGCAGAGCAUACCUGUGGUUCAUCCCUGUGUCAGCUGUUUAAUUACUGUAUACUUAGUGUUUGGAUUUUCUCUCUUUCAGAUUGAUUCAUUUUUAGGCUUGUUUAUUUUGAAAUGGGUGUCUCAUUUUUCACUUACAAUACUGUUUGAUUUGUCUAUCAUGUCACCAUAAACUGUAAUAUUUUCAAGG